GACUUCCGGUCCACCCCGGAAGAGUUCACCAUCGGAGAGGCCAUCGAGGAAACAAACGAUCGAACGCAGCGACGGCGAUCGGAGUCGCUUGCUUUCUCAUCGAUGGGAUUCGUGAGAUUCCUGUGCGGCCUGUGCCUUCUUCUCCAUUUGUUCGAUGGUAGCUUCCGCAGCUCCGUUUUGGCCGACCAAAUCUUCGCGAAUUCCGGUGGGAGAUUCGGUAGGAGUUCUCGUGAACCAAAGUACAAGGUCGAGUUCCACCCAGAACAUUCUCCUUUUCAUCCGAAAGAUGGCCAGGAAGCAGUUGUGAUGUCAAAUAAAGAGGGUCGAAAUUACAAUUGUUUCUUACCUUUAAUCGAGGAAACAAAACAUUUGAGGGUCACCCAAGAGAAUUCAAGCAGUAUAAUAACAGAAAGUGAGAGAAAAAUCGUGUUUAAGACUCCAGAUGAGUUGAUUGAGAUUCUAAAUGACAAAUGCUUCUACAGGCAUGAAGGUUGGUGGACUUACGAAUUUUGUUUCCGGAAGCAUGUGAAACAACUUCAUGUGGAAGAUGAGAAGGUGGUUCAAGAAUUUAUUUUGGGCAUGUUUGACCCUGAUGCAACAGCUGAUUUUAAUCAGAACCAGUCUGAUUUUUCCAUAGUAAAAGAUCCUCGCUCUAAAGAUGCCUCACAAAGGUAUCACGCUCAUCAGUUUACAAAUGGAACUAUUUGUGACUUGACGAAUCAACCUCGAGAGACAGAGGUUAGGUUUGUGUGCUCGGAGCCAUCUGUUUUAAUUAGUUCGAUCAAAGAGGCUUCUACUUGCAAGUAUGUUGUCACAGUUCAGUGCCCAUUGCUUUGCAAGCAUCCGAUGUUUCAACAAGAGCAGCCAAUGUGGCAUACCAUCCACUGCAAUGAAGUAGGUGCAGACAGCAAAAUUUCAACAGUGGAGGAUGGGCUCAAAGGCACUCAUAUCACCAUUAUAGCUGAUGACUCUGCAUGAUAUGCAACAUAAUUAGUUCAUGGCCCAACCACAUCCCAACAUCUAUCACUAUGAGAAAUCAGAAUGCCUGUUGACACAACUCCUUAACUGGUUAGCUGCACAUUCAAGAUGGUAGGAAAAGUAUAUGAUGCUGAAACAGAAAUAGAUUAAAAAAAAUUUCAAAUUACUGGCAUUAUCAUUAACAUCGAUAUCAUCAUGACUAUCAAAAUCACCAUCUUUGAUCAUGAUACAGCCUUUUUCUUUCUUUUUCCUACCAAACCAAAAGGAGUAUAUUAAUGUUCCAAAAUAUAAGCUAAGGUUGUGUUUAAGAAUUUAAGUUGGCUGGUUUGGUAGAUCA